GCCCAUUAAAUAUACGUUCCCGCCACAUGCUCAAAACGUGUGGUUUGAGUUUCGAACCAAAUAAAUAUCUCUUUCUUCUUCCUUUUUUUUCUUAGCUUAUCUAAAAACUCAAAACCCAGAAAGAAAAUCUCGAAGACUCCUCCAAUGUCUUCUUCCUCUCUCCCAAUCUUUCUAAACCCUAGAAUUUACAUCAAGCCUCAGAAUCUCUUCGCUUCCACAUUUCCUUCCUUCACAAAAUCUCUAACCUCCAAAUCCUUACUCUGCUUCGCCUCCGAUUCCUCACAGUUCGAGAGACAAGAAUCGUUUUGGGUGCGAGAAGAGCAAAGAUGGAUUCGUGAAGAACAGCGGUGGCUCCGGGAAGAGCAGCGCUGGGCUCGCGAGCGCGAUUCGCUCCUCCGCCGUAUCGCUGAGCUCGAAAUCCAAAUUCAAGCUCUGCAACAGCAGAAGUCGGUUCAGGCUGGAGCUGAGGUGUCUGAGACUAUCGCUAGUAUUGCUGGUCUGCUUCAGAUUUUGAAGGAGAAGAAUCGGAUCGCGGAGAACGGAUCGAGUUCGACUCCGAUGGUGUUGGAGGAGAGUAAGAUACCGGAGGAAGAGAAGGAGGUGGUGGUGGUGGAACGAGUGGUUAGGGUUUCGGAGGAAGCGAAGGAGAAGGAGAAGAAGAAGAAGAGGAGUACGUUGAGAAUUGGAUCGGAAGGAGAAGAAGUUCAAGCUAUGCAGGAAGCAUUGGGAAAAUUAGGAUUUUACUCUGGUGAAGAAGAAAUUGAAUUUUCAAGCUUUUCAACUGGAACUGAACGAGCUGUGAAGACUUGGCAAUCCACUUUUGGUGCUCCUGAAGAUGGGAUUAUGACUGAAGAACUUCUUGAGAGACUUUAUGAGGAGAUAAUUCAAGGUCCUCUUGAGUCAAACAUUUAUGCUCUACCAAAGGAAGGUGAAAAUGGAGCUCCAGUUUCAUCUGUAACAGAAGUUUCAAACAUUCAGCAAACAGUAGUGAAAGAAGAAGGCAUUAGCAAAGCAGGCUUAUCCAAACACCGAGUUUUUCUUCUUGGAGAAAACCGUUGGGAAGAUUCUUCUAGACUUGUUGGCAUUAAUAAAAAGGGUGAUGAGAGCAAGACAAAGGAAGCAACAACAACAACAACAACCAAGUGUCUCACUUGCCGUGGGGAAGGUCGUUUAUUGUGUUUAGAAUGUGAUGGAACAGGGGAGCCAAAUAUUGAACCUCAGUUCUUGGAAUGGGUGGGUGAGGAGGAUGCAAAAUGUCCAUAUUGUGAUGGGCUUGGGUAUUCAAUUUGCGAUGUAUGCGACGGAAAGACAGUGGUAUAAUAAGAACUGGACAAACAGAAAUAUACGAAACAAUGAUGUGUAUAUCUUUGACGUGAGCAUAUUACGAGGAUUAUUACUCAUAAUGCAAUUAAGCCAUCAGUAACUCUGAGUAAGGUAGUGAAGGUGAUCUUCUUCUUUAUAAUUGUUCUUUAAUUUUUCAGAAAUAAAAGAAAAAAUAACCAUGCAUUUUGGUUUAAAUUAUCGUAGUGUAAUGCUUAGAAAAACACAAAAAUUGAGAUGUACUUUUUAAUUAGUUAUUAUAUAUAUAUAUAUAUUUAUAUAUGUUUCUUAGUGAGAGUUCCAUCCAUCCAUCGUAUAUUUGUGUAGAUGUAGGGUGAAAAAUAUUGUUUUAUUCAGAUUAAGGGCAGACACUUGUAUGUGUUGAGAUGGGUUCCAUCUCAAAACCAAUUGGCAAUGAGUGGAGUAGCCCAUGUUCUUAUAUAUGGCUCAAUUCUCUACCAUUUAUUCCAUGUGGGACAUUGUCCACAAUAGUAUGUACAUUUGAUGUUUCCGCAACUCCUUUUAUAUACCGCCAAUAUGAGAUUUAUUUUUAUUAAUUUUUUUUUUUAAAAAAAAAAAAACCAAAAACCAAGGAGUUCGUUUCGCAUACCGUGUAUAGUGUAUUAAAUAAGUUAAACAUUAUUUGAUUGUAUUGUAUUAAUAAGUAUAUCCAUAGAUUUUAUUAUAUUAUAUUAUGCAAAAAAAAAAAAAAACAAA